AUGCGCUCGCUGGUUUUCCUCGCACUGGCCGUAAUCACAUAUGGUGUGAAUGGCGCCAAACCGUCAAAAUUGGGCCGCUAUAACCAAACACCUAUUUCAACAGACUGCAAAAAGCCCCCGGCUGUUUGUAACUGUAAUCUGACGGUGAAUCAAGAUUCUCAAGUCUCCGGUGCCAUGAAAACUUUAGACGUGAAGCUGGAUAAACUCGUCGCACAAAAUUUAGAUAAAAAAGUGGAAAACCUCGAAAAGAAUUCGAAAAAACAGCUGGAAAAACUUAUUGGCCUGAUCAACAAAUCUGCCACUCCAGACGUUGUGACCACGACAUCGUCGAACGAAACCGAAAUCUGCGACAACGCCCUCAAGAAGAUGGAAACGAAGCUAGAAAAACUCAUCGUUAACAAGCUGGAAACAAAGCUGGAAAAACUGCUCCAACAGAACUUGGAAACAAAGCGGCUGGAAAGGCUUACUACACUAAUAAACAAGACCGCCGAUCCAGAAAUUGUUCGCCAAUUGUUGAACGGUACCUUCGAAGCUGCUCUCAAGAAAAUAGAAACGAAGCUGGAAAAAAUCAGAGAACUGACCCACAAAGGUAAUUUGUAAGGUAGAGUGACCUAAGUAUUUCUAAAGAAAGUUUGGCAUAUAGGUGAAUUUUGUAUUACAAUCUAACUGGCGCUUUUCAUAUUUACACGUUUUUUUUUUUUUGCAGCCAUUUUCUCUGCUUCCUCUUGCAAGGAACUGUUCGAUAUGCACAAGUAAGUAAUCAUUCCAGACAAGGCUUUAUUUUGCUGCAUAUUAAAAUUAGUGUGAUUUACGUUUUUACUUCAGCUUUUCAUUAAAAAGACAUUCGAGUAUGUAGUAUUAAUGCGAAAAAGACCGGCGAACAAUGUAAAAUUUACAAAUAGAGACCAGAACAUAAUGACAAAAAGAUUAAAUAAUCCAAAUCAUUACACAAUUAUUACAUCUAGUGAGAAAAAUCAAACUGUGCGUGCAACUAAAAAACAAAAGGCAAAAAAAAAAAAAAACACUUCAAUGGACGUAGUCAGAUUAUUAGAGUCGCACACCAGACGAACAGCCAAUCGAUUUUCGAUUCGAAUGUUGUUUGUUUUCGGUUUGCCUUUAUUCUGCAAUUCGCCACGACUCGAUGCACUUGAAUGCCUUGUUUUCACGAUUUAUAAAGGUACUUUCAAUUACUUGACAGCAUUCGGGAGUAGAAAACAACUUUAAGUCUGUUCGUUCCAUUUGAAUGACAGAAUUACAUUGUUUGACGUUUAUUCACAAGGAUCAAGAACUCAUAUGUUUGGCUAUCAACUGAUUUCUUCUCCAACAGGUUAAAGACAAGUCGUGUAUAUACCCUGAAGUUUGGUUCACAAAAGAUCCACGUGUACUGUCACAUGGGAGACUUUGGAUGCGGAGAUGGAGGAUGGACUCUGGCCAUGAAGAUUGACGGCACAAAGGUACAUGUCUUACGCGUCACCCCAUUUUUGUGAUAUUGAUAUUAAUUUUCUAAUUUCCGUUUUCAGAAAACUUUUCAUUACGAUUCUCACUUCUGGAGCGACAGAAAGCCACUCAACUUUGCGGGGGGAAGGACUGGGUUUGAUUCACAAGAAACCAAGUUGCCAACCUACUGGAACACAUCCUUCUCCAAGAUCUGCCUCGGUAUGAAGAUCGGCCACAAGAUAAGAUUCUUUACCAUCUACAAGCACGCCAACUCGCUGUACUCGCUAAUCGCUGACGGCCGAUACCGCGCCACCUCACUUGGUCGUAACACGUGGAAGUCGCUGAUUGGUCCACAGGCAUCCUUACAAAAAUACUGUAACAAGGAAGGGUUCAAUGCUAUCUGCAGCGAUAAACCACAUUCCAAAGCAAGAAUUGGUAUCACAAGCAAUGAAUGGAACGAUUGUGUCUUGUGUGACUCCAGAAUCGGAUUUGGUACAGGAGGAUAUCAUGACGACACAAACACGUGUGGAAAUGAGGCCACAUUUUCCCCAGACAACGGAAACAAGCACAUCAAAACCAUGGGCUACAUCUUGGUUCAGUAGUAAAGAAUCCGGAACUUUCCCAUGAGCAUUAAAAUUUUAUUCGGUUAGUUUAGCUCAAGUUUUCUCUCAGAAGAAACAAAAUCCAUAGUGGGACAUAGGUGCCACUCAGGUUAGAUGAUCUUGUAAAGAUUGCCUUCUAUUCUAAAUAAAGUGGGGAACAAUAAAAUUCAUUGCUCUUUUAAUUUGAUAUGAAUAAGAAAGACUUCUGUUAUGGUGC